UGACAACGCCUUUCUGAAUUUAGCUCGGCGCUCGCCCGUCACCGUCGCCGCCUUCGGCGCUCUUCGAUCACGCGGGCUCGUCUCGCACGAGACGGACGGAGCGAUGCUGUCGACGGAGGGAGCUUUCGACGCGCCGCGGAGAAGACGUGCGCUGUCGCGUUCGUACGUUUGGCGCGUUAACAUCCGACAAGCAAGCGUCGGGCGGCGCCGGGUUCCGAGCCCGCCGAUGUUUUCCGCUUCGCGACGUGACCGUUGACCGCUACUCGCCAGCGCUCCCGCCAAGAUGGAAACGUCGGUGAAAGCCGCCGAGGCGUCGGCGCCCCGCCCGCCAGAUGAGGGAGCUCCGCCCUCCGCGGCCGAGGACCUCGCGGAAGAGUUCGGCAGGAGACUCCGAGAGAUCGUCGGCGGCAACGCUCAGGUGGAUGCGGACGCGCACCACGACCUCGCGGCCAGCGUCCAGUCAGAGGCGGCUUGCGUCCUGGACGGUCUGAGCGCUUGGACCACAUCUGAGGAAAAACUCCAUCACUUGACGAGUAAACACGCCGAGCUGUUGGUGCACGAGCGCGCCCAACGGAAGGAGAUCGGGGCUCUACGUGACGACGUUUGCAGCCUGCGGGCCGAGAAAGGCCAAUUGGAGCGUCUGUGCCGAGAUGUCCAAGACCACUACGCCGCGCUGCGGGACGAGGCCCUGCGUCGCCGCCGCGAGGACGAGGAGAAGCGGGCGGAGAUGGCCGCUCAUUUCCAGACCUCGCUCGCGGACAUCCAGACGCAGAUCGAGCAGCACAGCGCCCGAAACGAGAAGCUGUGCGAGGACAACGCCAAGCUGAGCCAAAAACUGCACUCGCUGCUGGAGCAGUGCCAGCGCAGAGAGGAGACUAUAGAGAAGAUGGACCAUCACCGCGACCUCCAACAGCAGCUGACUUCGGCCAAGCUGGAUCAGGCCAACGCGCUGCUGGCGGACGCGCAGCAGAAGCACCGGCGCGAGAAAGAAUACCUGCUGGCCGAGGCGGUGGACAAAACCCGCAAGUGCUUUGCCAUGAAGGAGGAGGAGCUGAGCCUGAAGAAGAAGUUGGCGCUCUACUCCAAAAAGUUUGAUGAGUUCCAGACGACGCUAGCCAAGAGCAAUGAAAUCUACGCCCGCUUCAAGGCCGAGAUGGAACAGAUGUCGGAGAAGAUGAAGCGGUUGGAGAAGGAGUCCGACGUCUGGAAGUUGAGGUUCGAGAAUUGCAACAAAGCUUUGACGGACUUACUGGAGGAGAGGAGCGAGAAGGGCAAAGAGUACGAGGUCUUCGUGGCGACCAUCCACAAGCUGGAGAAGUUGUGUCGAGCGCUGCAGGACGAGAGGAAAGUUCUGUACGCCAAAAUCAAAGAUGUCCGCCGGCCCGAUGCCGACACCUCCCCCGAGGCGCCGCCCGCGCCCGAAAAGCGCGACGACGACGACGACGACGACAGCAUCGUGACGGAGGAAAUGCGGCGUCUCAGGGCCGAGCAAGUCAAGCUGCAAGAGUUUGCGGAAUCCUUGAAGGCGUCUCACGGCGUCGGACGGGAUCGGCAAGAGGGCGCCGCGUCGGACCCGGAGGAGCGCCCGGACGAUGACCCGCUCAACAUAACGCUCCGUCCGCCGGAGCGAGACCACCCAUCGCAAGCGGAGGCGGAAGUCCAACCGGCGCAACGAGCGCAACCGCAAGCGGAGCCGGAAGCGGACGCCGGGCCCGAAGCCAAUCGAGAAACGCCGGCAGAAGGGAAAGCGGAGCGGCGCUCCAAAGCGGGAGCCGACUCCGGAUCUUCUUCCGACGCCGCGGCCGAGGUCGAAGCGUCGCCCUCGACGGUCGGCCGGCGAGCCGAGGACCCCGCCGGCUCUGAGGCCACGCCCCCCGCACCGGCACAUCAACCCAAGAAGGAAAGCAAGAAGAACAAGAAGAGGAAGAACACCGGGAACCUUUGAGCGGGUUGGCGUCACCUCACGAGGGC